CUCUUUUUCUACUUUUCUACUUGCUGAGUUAAGCUUUAGGGGGAAAGAAAAAAAAAAAAAAGAAAGCUCUGAUUUUUAGGGUUUCCAGUUCUACCCAUUUCUAUAAUUUUUACCUUUCUUUACUUAGAAAAAGAAAAUCCAUCUUCAGCUCAUAAUUGUUCUGAUUUUUUUUUUCUGAGUCUUGUUUAGUCUUUAGGAUCUUCAAUCUUUUGUUAACUUAAUUUAAUUUUACAUGGGUUCUACAUCUUCAGGUGCUAUGGCAUGCUGCAUUUCUGUGAGCAAGUUCUGGGUGUAUAAUUUAGUGUUGUAGGGUUUUGUUUGUAAAACUCAAUGGUGCCAAAAGGCUAGUGGGAACUAUGGGUUGUUUCUCAACUGUUAUUCGACUCAAGGGUUCAUUGUGCCAACAGUUCUUAUCAUUCAUGAUUUGGCUAUCCUGUUUCCAAGAUGUUGUGUCAGUGCGGACUUUGCUUGAACCUUAUCACAUUUCUUCGACAUCUGAGCUAGCUACUCCACCUAUUGCUGGGCUUUUUGAUCCCAUAGAAAUAUCACCUGCUGUCUUCCCCCGUUACCCCUAUCCUAGUGAAUCUUUGCCACCUAUGUACCCAACUUUUCCCACCACAUAUGAACCAAAUUUAACUGGGAACUGCCCUGUAAACUUCUCUGCUAUGUCAGAUCUCAUGGAUAAAACAGCAUCUGAUUGCUCUCUACCUUUAGCAGCGUUGGUAGGAAAUGUUAUAUGUUGUCCACAAUUUAGCAGUUUACUCCACAUCUUCCAGGGCUAUUACAGCACAAACUCUGAUAAAUUGGUCUUGGGGAAUUCGGUUGCUGAUGAUUGUUUUUCAGAUAUCAUUAGUAUCUUAGCCAGCAGAGGGGCCAAUAGCACAAUACCUAAACUUUGUUCUGUAAAGUCAGCAAAUCUUACUGGCGGGUCUUGUCCAGUAAAGGAUGUUAUUAGUUUUGAGAAAAUAGUUAAUACAAGCAAGUUGCUGGAGGCCUGCAGUGCUGUUGAUUCUCUUAAGGAGUGCUGCAGACCAAUUUGCCAGUCUGCAAUUAUGGAAGCAGUUCUUCAAAUUUCUGGAACACAAUUGACGAUCAAUGAGAAUAAAGAAUUAGUGAAUGAGACUAAUCAUGUUAAUACCAUUGGUGAUUGUAAAAGUGUGGUAUAUUCAUAUCUCUCUAGAGAACUCUCAGCAGAUGCUGCAAAUGCUGCAUUUCGGACGCUGUCUGCCUGCAAAGUUAACAAGGUUUGCCCUUUGAAUUUCACACAGCCAUCUGAGGUAAUUAAAGCAUGUCGCAAUGUUGCUGCUCCCAGUCCGUCCUGUUGUAGCUCAUUGAAUGCUUAUAUUGCUGGGAUACAAAAACAAAUGCUAAUUACAAACAAGCAAGCCAUAAUCUGUGCAACAGUUUUUGGGUCCAUGCUACGAAAAGGCGGGGUCAUGACAGAUGUAUAUGAACUUUGUGACAUUGACUUGAAAGAUUUUAGCAUCCAAGGUAUUGAUGCCGGAGCAGCAUAUACACAACAAGGGUGUCUACUCCGAAGCUGGCCUGCAGAUGUGGUAUUUGACAAUUCAACAGGAUUCAGCUUUUCAUGUGACUUGACUGACAACAUUGCAGCCCCAUGGCCAACAUCAUCAUCCUUGUCAUCCUUGUCUCUUUGCGCUCCAGAGAUGUCCUUGCCUGCCCUGCCAACAUCAGAGACCUUAAAAAAUCCUGGCAAUAGAGGUGGUGGCUUGGAGUUUGUGGUACACAUUUUUUCAUUUUUUAUUUUCAGUGCAUUGUUGUACUGAAAUAGGGUGAGGGAUGAACUGGUUUGGAAUAGGUGCUUCUGGAAAUUGACAUUGUCUGGGAAAAAGUUACAUGUAUAUUUUGGGUAGAUUUCCAUCCAUGUAUAGUAGUUUUCUUUUCUUUUUAUCCUUUCAUCUUCUUUAAGCUAUUUUUAUCCUUGCCCCUCUCUCUCUCUCUCUCACUCAUGUCAAUUGGUUUGUUUUGAAACUCUAGAAACACUGUUUUAUUCUGAGGAACUUUAUGUAGUGUAGGUGGUUCACUCGUUUAUCUUA